AAGCAAUAGCGCCGCGCGAGCCCAUUAGGCUGGGAGACGGCCGGGAGCAGGCGCCAGGCCUUGCACGGGCUCCCCCGCAGCCAAGGGCAGCAAUAACGAGCGUCUGCGCCGCGCGCGUGCGCCCGCAGCGCCGCUAGCCAGCCCCCAAGGGCAGCCCAGACAAGCAGCCCAGACACCAAUGGAGCAACCAACAAUGAAGAGCGUCCAGUCCGCCGCGACGAAGGACGGCCUCGGUGGACUCGAAAGAGAACUGCAUGCGACCUUCCAGGCGUCGCGCCUGCCCGCGCGCCAGAAGCACGAGCAUGCUCUAGUUGCCCAAAUAACAAAUGCCUGCGAGGACCACUCGCCGGAGGGCGUGGCCUUCGUCAUGAACCCUUUGGUGGUGCUGGGGCCGCCUGGGAGCGGUAAGUCGACCAUCGUCGCGGCUUGGUUGGCGAAGCGCCGAGCGGCCGAGAAAAGGUUAAUAAGGCAGCACCCGUCACUCACGCCGGAGUUCCAGUUCGUCCACGUCGUCGGGUGUACCCGACAAAGUCUCUUGGUGAGAGAGUUGCUCAAUCGAUUGGUGUCGGAGUUAGUGCAGCGAUUUGAUUUGCCAGAGCCCCGCGACUGGUCGCCAAAGACCCUAGCCUGGAAAUUGCCCGGACUGCUCGAGAAGGCGGGCGCGAAGGGCGACGUGUUGAUUGUUAUUGAUGGCUUGAAUCGCUUGCGGAACGACGACGGCGAGGUGAAUCUAGCCUGGCUGCCGCAGGUGUUUCCGCCCAACGUGCGGGUCGUAGUAGCUACUACUCUACCCACGGGCAUGGAAUUGCCCGAUGCGGCCUCAAUGUUGUUAGAUGACGACGACGUCGUGCUGGAAGGCCAUGCCGCGGAAUUACGGAGGAACCAACGGCGCGUCGUAGCCGAACUAAGGAGAAGAAGGUGGCACGUCGCGCGCGCGGACUGCAACGAGACCACCAAGAGUAGUAUCAUGCGUACGUAUUUGGAGUGGCACGAGCCGGACCACGAGAGCGACGACGAGACGCACGUUUCCGACUCCGUCUUCCUCACGACGACGGGCCAGACGCUGGGCAGCGGUUCCAUUGAAAGCAGUACAUUAACGAAGCCCUCGCAAGGACCGCGAAGAGGCGCUCUCAGAGAACGGUCCCAAGCUAAAUUAGAUUUAUUUGACGCGCAGCACCGAGCGCUGGAAGACACGCCUACUUCUUCUCUGACGCUAGCGACGUUUCUACGAGCGUUGGUCUGGUCCGCGGCGCGCGGCUUCGACGUCUGGUCGCUCCAAGAGCACUGGCUGUCGACGGAGAAAGAAAGUACUCCCGAAGAACUUUUUGAACACAUAUUGGACACCUGGGAGGCGGGCCACGACGAUUCGGAGGAGAAGAGGGAACGGGCUCGACGCGCUUCCAACGAGGCCGGCGUCAUGGUCGGCCGGGAUUUGAAACGUAGAUUGGCCAAUGUCGUUUCUUCGUCCGAGUCGGAGGCCGAGUCGACGGAUUCGGAGGGGCCCGCCGCCGCCGAUCGGAACUCGUUGUCGGGACGCUUCGCGAGCGACCACCCCGCGACGACCGGAAGUCGCCGGUCCCUCGACCACGUCCAGUCACCUACAACAGAUAGAGUGCGUGUCAAAGGGGAGGCGACGCCGUGCGACGCCCACGCCAUCGCGGACCAGAAGUGGCUCAAGGUGCAAGCAGGAUGCGCUAGGAGGUUGGACCACGUGCUGGAGGUGGCGUCGCUGGUCACGGAACGACUACUCGCGACCGACGCUCAAGAUCAUUCGUUCCUAGAUGCCUUCCUGCAAGGCGUCGACGACCUCGAAGACGACAAGGAGGAGUCGCUCGUAUCCAUGAGCAUCCCGACGGGCGGCGCGUCGCUCGUAGAAGAGCCAACAGUGGUCGAGGAAGCUCCCGCCGAGCCGCCCGCACCUUCACCCGUGGAAGAGGCCGAAGAAGAGAGUGAUGAUGACUACGGCGACGACUCCUACGAGGACGAGGAGUACGGCGAUGAUGAUUUUGACGACUUCGAAGACGAGGGCGGAGACUUCUCGCAAGAUAUCAGUAUAGAAGACUAUUUGCGGAAGGUCUUCGCGAGUGUGGACGUCAAUGGGGACGGGGAGAUCUCUACCCAAGAAGCGGUGAAGGCCGUCAGGUCAGAUCCCGAGUUUGCUGCGAUGCUUGGAUUUGACUCCGCUAUACAAGUGAAGCGCUCGGACUACACGAAGGACCAAUUGGAAAUGGCUCUUGAGCAGCUGGAUACGGACGAGUCUGGUAGCGUGAGCUGGGAGGAGUUCCGGAACGCGUUUUUGCCGCCCUCCGUCGACGAAGAUACGUAUCAGGAGACCUUUGACGAAGCCGAGGACCCCUUCGCUUCGUAUCUUAGAGAUUAUGAGACCUACCUCAAGGCGGUCUUUGACCAGUGUGACAGUAACAGCGAUGGCCAAUUAUCCUAUCAAGAAAUCGUAAAUGCUCUAUCUUCAGAUGAGUUCGUGGAAAUCGCCGUCGACGCCAUGGGCUUUGUGGAGUCCGGCGUGUCUCGGGAAGAGUUCGCCCGACAAUUUCUCGCAGCGUGCGACUGGGACGGCGACCGAGCGAUCGACUGGAGCGAGUUCCGCGAAGCGGCUCUGGCGUCGGCGCUGGACGCCAUGCACGAGGCGCGCAUGGAGCACGCCUUGCGGGAGGUGUUUGAGCGCAUCGACACGGAUGGUUCUGGAUCCAUAGACAUCCGGGAAGCUGUGGAGGGUCUCCGGGACGACGCCGAUUUCGCUGAUAUACUAGGCUUCUGGAGCACGCACCAAGCUAAUAGAGAAGAUGGUAGUCUCGACUAUUUGUUGGAUCAGCUGCAAGCUCUAGAUACGAACCAAGAUGGUGUCAUUUCGUGGGCUGAGUUCCGGGCCUCCGUGUUCGGUGGCGAAGAGGCUGAAGAACCAGUAGUCCAGGAAACGGAACCACUCCCGGACUACCUGUUGGGUGGGUCCAAGGUGCCUGGGUUGGGUACGUUGCUGGGGGACGCGCUGGCGCUGCUAUGCGUCGCGCGCUACGGCCUGCUCGAGGACGAGCUCUGGGCGCUGCUCGGUGACUUGGAUCGGGAACGCAAGGAGGAUUUGGAAGCGUAUGAAAAAAGACAAGCUGAUCUGGAACGAGAACGCCUGGAACAGGAGAACGAGCUCACGAGACAUUCGGUCAUCGAGACAGAUCAAAAAGAGGAAAGCGACGAGGACCUGGACGACCUGGAGGCCUUCCUGUCCGAUGACGGUGCGGUGCGCGCGUCGGAGCCUACCGUGUUUCCUCCAGAAGUUGUGGAAGAGCUUCCCAAAAUGCUCGCGGCGCUCGGCGUGCUGUGGGACCCCGUGGAGCGGUGUUUGGUGCUGCCUCUUGAGAGUGAGGCUUUACGCACAGUAGUUCAUCAAAGAUAUGUGGCACCCGGCGCGGAACGGGUGCGGAUCUCGCUCCUGAGGGAACGCGAGGCGUUCGAGCGCGAGAGAAAUUCAUUGUGGGGCCAGGCCGACGCAAGUCAUCAAUCGACACUCACGACGGAGGAGGAGAGUAGAGGUGGGGACUGGUGGCACGCGCGCGUUGCCGCUUACUUUGCGGCAAGACCACCUUCGCGACGACGCGCGGAAGAAUUACCGUGGCAUCUGAAGGAGUGCCGCCAGUGGACGCCUCUCUGUGAGGCAUUGUCGGACAUUCAUACGUUUGAGGUCAUGUUCCUGGGGCCGCCCCAGAUGAAGCUGGAGCUCGCGAGCUACUGGAAGCUUCUGGUAGAUGGACCCUUGUUUCUGUCCGAGGCCGCGGAGCACGCCCAGGCCGUGGCCCACCAGGGCAUGACGCCCAAUCAAAUCAUCCUGUCUGGUUUAGAUACGGCCCACGCCCUGGGGUUGACCGAGUCUCGCGCGAAGCGAGACGGGCACGAGCACCAGGCCGCGCGUUUCGACGUGGUAGACUGCUACACGAAGUCCAUUGAUGUGUGGCACGCCGAGGAGAAACCGUCGUUGCAUCGUCUCCAAGAAUGUUUACAUCGCAUUGGCGACUUCCUGGUCGUUUUUUCCGAGACCGUAGACCCGGCCGCACCGUUUCUCCGCGGAAAUCUGAACUGGGAGCGGUUGGAGGGCAUCGGCGUGCCGAAGCCGACGCCCUGCAAGACGCUGGAGAGUACACCAUCAAUCAUUCCCGAUGAUAGUAGCUAUAAUUCCAAUCAAGACGCGUCCGUGGGCCUCGGGGCCGCGGACGACGCCACUGUCAAUAGUUUGGAGUUCCUGCUGCAGGGUGCCGGCGUGCCGAACGCUGGUUUAGUACAAAGAGAUCGCCAGCAGAACUUCUACCAUUUCUGGCGCUGGACCUGGAUCCAAUAUGUAUGGUCGGCUAUGGCUAGUGGCGCCGCGGUCAGUUGGGCCGUGGGCAAUAUAUAUAGGGGCGUGCCCGAGGACGAAAGUAUCGGGGAAGAAGGUGUCGAGGAGUCACAGCCUACGAACGUACCUCUGGAUACGAUGGUCGGCCAAUUGGCGGUGCGAGCCGCGAAAAGAGCAACAGCAUCACUACAUGGCUCGUCCUACAAACGGAGCUGGGAGAUCAAGCGCAAGGACCCCAUCAACGGCGCGAAUUUGGCGCACCUGACGGAGCACCAGUUCCGGUCGCGAGCAAGGCCCAAUCCUCUGAAAGACGCUCCUUUAUCUUUGCGAGAUGGCGGUUUUCGGUCCAUGGCCCGACUAGCUGCGGGUGUGGACUUGGACGCGGCGUGCGGUCCCCUACGCCUAGGGCAAGAAGAAUAUGGUAGCGUGCAGGAGGAGGAGUCACUCUUCAGUGAAGACGCUCUUUCUCCGGAUGAUCGCACGAUCAAUACGAUGGAUAGGAUAGAUGCCCAAACAUCGAAGGGCAACCCGUUGACGGCGGAUCUGACCCUGGCCAAGCUCCACGCUACGAAAUCACCGGAAGGGAGGAAGAUGGUUAGGUUGCGACGUGUCGCGAAUCGACUACUACCUCGUAGAAUGAGGAUCGGCCCGACGUACGGCGACGGGAAGAACAUCCAUUUGGAGAAUGGUGCCGGUCCGUAUUCCGCGUCAUCAAUAAGAUACCAGCGGCGCGGCACGCGCUUCCCGACCGCCGCGAAGCACAUCGAGGAGACGCAACGGGCGAAGCUGAAAGCUUUGGAUAAGCAUACGGUCAAGUGCCUGAAGCGGUUCGGGGGCGUCACGGAGCCGCAGGACCUCAUGGGGCAGAUCAAGCUCAAGGAGAUUGAAAGGAUGACGGACUCUGUGGCGAGAAAUUGCAAGGACAUUGGAAGCUUAAAUCACACGUCGAUGAUCUUCCCGGCCCAACCCUUCGACCUCGUGCUGGCGCAAGCGAACGCUCAGAACGGGAUGCUCCGGACGGAGUGCGAUAGAUUAGUUGCGGCGCGGCGCGAGAAGCGGCGGCAGUUGGAGAAGGACGAGGUCGAGCUCGCGGACAUGAACCGGGCGAACGACUUUUGUUUGACGCAGCUUACCAGGGGCGAGGAGACGCUGAAGAUCCUCGAUGAUCGCUUGACGAAUGUGCGGGUGGCUCUCGCCGAAGCUGCUGCGUUGGGUGCUUGUUACGGCGAGAUCGUGCGAGCGGCGCAAGAGGAUCGACCGACGGGCUGUGCGCAGCGCAUGGAAGUUGUCGAGAGGCAACUCAAAUUAGCCCAAGUGCAAGCUGAGGACUUGAUCGAGCAGCGUCGAACCUUGCACGAGCGCGUGGAAGAUGAUGCUGCCAAGAGGACACCUCACUAUCAUAGAGAGCAGCAGAAGUGGCAGGCCAUGAGAGCUGUUACCAGAGAACGAAAUAGAUUAGUGUUAUUCUCGGUCAACGAGCUCAAUGAGAAGAUCGACGCUUGUAUCGCACGCAUGAACCCUCCCCCAGUGGAGGAAGUACCUGUUAUCUAUGAGGAGGAGGAGGACAAGCAUGCUACUCUUAAUAAGCUCGCUAUUGCAAGGAUGUUCAAAACUACCAUGGCCCAUGGCUCAGCUAUGGAUGUGUUGACCGCGUUGGAGGAUCUGAAUCAAAAACUGAAGAUUGCCGCGGGUGCGACCGACCCGGAGGGCGUCGCUCACAAGUUACGAACAGCUAGGGAGUUGAGUGCUUCAUUGGAGCACCAGCACCACCAGGCCGUGGCCAAGGCGUCGCACCUGAAGACGCAAUUGGAGCGCCACCAGCAAAUUCUAUCAGAUAUGAAGAUGACCGGCGAGUCGGCUGUGCCGGAUCCGGUCGUUACGUUGGACGAUGGGACAGUGGCCACUCUCUCCUCCACAAAGACCCCAGACCUCUUCCAGGCCGACCUGGAUCUGGAGCACGCUCGUCGCACGGCGAACGAAGCGCAGCGCGACAUUGCAAGCGUCAGCACGGGUGUCAUACACUUGGCCAAGCUCCUGGAGGCCUACACGAAGAAGACGCCCAAGGACGACCCCGUCAAGAGGCUGUCACUCGAUAGAAAUACUAUCAGAGACGUGGAGCGCGGCGAUUUGCCGGACCUCGAGAAGGUCGACACCGAGAGGGCGGCCGUCGUCCGGUUACUGUCGAGGUGUGAGCUGACGAUCGUGAGCGUGCGCGAAGCUUUAGCUAUUGCCAAACAAUUAGGGGACGAUGAUGAUGAUGAUAAUGGCAUGAUCGACGCGUGCCACCAAAGCCCGAAGAAAGGGCAUAGCCUUGAAGGGCCAGUUAGGUUACAUAAAACACAACCCCUGGACCACCACGACGGCCCGGACUUCAUGCACCGACACUGCGACCCUAGUGUUCGUGCGCGCACGCGUCGGUCCGUCGAGAAGGAAGUGUCGAAGGCCGCGAAGCGCCGAGCGAAGGCCGACCGCGAGGCCGCGAAACUCGAUGACAUGCCCCGGCCGAUCGUCGACGCGCCGGCGGCCUUAAUUGUCAAGCGCGCCAUGGGCCGGAAGGCCGUGCAAGACGCCCAGCGGCAAGCCAAUAUGCUCAGUCGCUUGAAGCAAGGCGCUCGGGCUCCGUUGGGCGUUGCCGUCGCCGAGGCGCUGCGGACGACGAAGGACGCGGCGGACGCGGAGUUUCGUCAAUCGCGCGGCCGCAAGCCGCGCCAGCUCGGGCUGUCGACGCCCGGCCUGCCUCUGACGACGCGGGAUCUGGUGAAAUCCCAAGCGGCCGAAAUUGCAGCGCAGAAGGAGCGGGAGCGGCUCGAGGCUGCUAAGCGGAAGCGCAUGUUGGAGAUGAUGGAGGACUAAGAUACUAGUAUUGUCA